CAGCACAGUAGCGAGCCAUCAGAACCACGGUCACCUCGGGAGCUAGAGUCAAGCUGUAGAGAGCUGUGCGCUGCCGAUCGAGCAUGGACGCGGCGGCGGCGGCGAUGAUAAGGCACCGGACGGUGGAGGCGAACGGCAUCGCGAUGCACGUGGCGGAGGCCGGCGACGAGGGGAGCCCGCGGGUGGUGGUGUUCCUGCACGGCUUCCCGGAGCUCUGGUACUCGUGGCGCCACCAGAUGGAGCACCUCGCCGCGCGGGGAUACCGCUGCGUCGCGCCCGACCUCCGUGGCUACGGCGCCACCGACGCGCCGCCCGACGUCGCCUCCUACUCCGCCUUCCACGUCGUCGGCGACGUCGUCGCCCUCCUCGACGCGCUCGGCCUCCACAAGGUGUUCGUUGUUGGUCACGGCUGGGGCGCCAUCACCGCGUGGUACCUGUGCCUGUUCCGGGCGGACCGCGUGACGGCGCUGGUGAACGCCAGCGCGCCCUUCAUGCGCCACGUCUUCAUCCGCGCCGGCGCCGCCGCCGUCAAGACCACCGACCACUACAACCGCACCUACGGGCCCACCUACUACAUCUGCCGCUUCCAGGAGCCCGGGGUUGCAGAGAGGGAGUUCUCUCCCGCCAACGCCCGGUACCUCAUGAGGCAGAUCCUGUGCAACCGUUUCUCCCCCGACGCGUCCGGCGGCGACAAGCCGGGGUCGACGACCGACGACGAGCCGCUGCCCCCGUGGCUGACGGAGGCGGACCUGGACCACUACGCGUCGGAGUUCGAGCGGACGGGGUUCACGGGCGGCCUCAACUACUACCGCAACAUGGACCGGAACUGGGAGCUGGCGGCGCCGUGGGCGGACGCCAAGGUGCUGGUGCCCACCAGGUUCGUCAUCGGCGACGGCGACCUCACGUACCACUACCCGGGCAUCCAGGACUACAUCCACAAGGGCGGGUUCAAGGCCGACGUCCCGCUGCUCGAGGACGUCGUCGUCAUCCCCGGCGCCGGCCACUUCAUCCAGCAGGAGAAGGCCGGCGAGGUCAGCGAGCACAUCCACGACUUCAUCUCCAGGUUCUGAUGCCUAGACAAUGCAUCAUAUACACGUGAUCUAUACCUGUGUAGUAAUUGUGCUGUGUUUCGAGCCACUUAAGCCUCGAUGCCUGUCUAUUGUUGCUUGCUAAAUUCAGUGUGGAAUGAUGGAUACCUUAUUAUUUCAAGGUACAUGGUGUGGUCGAUACCUGAAAUGAUGUGUUGUAUGAUGUGCUGUCUCCUAAAUUAACAUUGCUUGCAAAUUUCCUACAUUGUAUAAUGAGAAAUAGGACAGGCCCCCGCGUUUGUCAAGU